UACGUUGAAAUCUGGAUUACCAACAUUUGUCAAAUAUACAAGAUUUGAAGUAGAAUUAGCAUCGAAGUAGAGGUACUUGGAAGAAGAUGGAUUAUUUCGUUGGGAAACUGUUGGAAAUUCCUUACUUUAGAACAGUAUGGACUGUCAUCGCAUCCGUUGGAUGGUAUUUAAUCGGCGUUGUAAUCUUCUUCUGGUUUGCAUCGCCGUAUAUUCGAGAGAAAUAUACAAGUUGGAAGCUGAGAAAGGACGAACAGGAUUAUGCAGCUAAAUAUCACAAAAAUCCAGAUCUUUUGCAAGAAAGGUUAUCAGGUUUAGAAGCUUCGCGACAAAAAAUGCAAGAAGAAUAUUAUAAAAAAUGUAGAGUUGCACAAGAGGAAGAGCAAGAGCAGAAACAGAAGACGAUAAGGUCAUCAAGAUUAAUUUUGGACAAUGCUACCCCAGGACAUAGACUAGGAAGCAAAGAUAACGAUCAAUCUUUCACAGAGAAAAAACACAAAUCGAUAAAAGGAGAAUAUAAUCCAUUAAUGGGUAACGGUUCUAGAGGAUAUCGACCUCCUAAGCGUAGCUGUUGCGGAAAGGGUGGUGGUUGCGGCUGAUUAGACGUAGGUGUACAUAUGCAUACAUCUAUGCAGCUUCAUUUCAUAUUUUACUAUAAGAGAAUAUUCCGAGAAAAUAUUAUUGUUUGUUUAUGAACGAAAUUGUAAAUAAUUAUCGAACUACUGCCGCCGCCUUUGUUACAAUAAAGU